ACCCCGGGCAGCGCCCGCUGCGCCCGGCCUUGGGACCUUCGGAGCGCCGGGGCGUGCCCCGCGCCCCGCCCCGGCCUCGCGAUGAGCUUCUUCGGGUUCGGGCAGAGCGCGGAGCUGGAGCUGGUGCUGAGCGACGCGGAGAGCAGGCGCCGGGCGGAGCACAAGACGGAGGAGGGCAAGAAGGAGAAGUACUUCCUCUUCUACGACGGCGAGACCGUGUCCGGGAGGGUCAUCCUGACCCUCAAGCACCCGAACAAGCGCCUGGAGCACCAGGGCAUCAAGGUGGAGUUCAUUGGGCAAAUUGAAUUGUACUACGACCGAGGGAACCAUCAUGAAUUUGUGUCACUGGUGAAGGAUUUGGCCCGUCCUGGCGAGUUCACCCAAUCGCAGACAUUUGACUUUGAAUUCACCCAUGUUGAGAAACCGUACGAGUCCUACACUGGGCAGAAUGUGAAGCUAAGGUACUUCCUCCGUGCCACGGUGAGUCGCAGAUUGAAUGACGUGGUGAAAGAGAUGGAUAUCGUGGUGCACACGCUUAGCACGUAUCCGGAGCUCAACUCCUCCAUUAAGAUGGAGGUGGGAAUUGAAGAUUGCUUGCACAUUGAGUUUGAGUACAAUAAAUCCAAGUAUCACUUAAAAGACGUGAUUGUAGGGAAGAUCUACUUCCUCCUUGUCCGGAUCAAGAUCAAACACAUGGAGAUUGACAUCAUCAAGAGGGAAACCACAGGCACAGGGCCCAACGUUUACCAUGAAAAUGACACCAUUGCCAAAUACGAGAUCAUGGAUGGGGCCCCGGUGAGAGGAGAAUCCAUUCCUAUUCGGCUCUUCUUAGCUGGUUACGAACUGACGCCCACCAUGAGGGAUAUCAAUAAGAAGUUCUCGGUGCGCUAUUACCUCAACCUGGUGCUAAUUGACGAGGAAGAACGACGUUACUUUAAACAGCAGGAGGUGGUGUUGUGGCGCAAGGGGGACAUUGUGAGGAAAAGCAUGUCCCACCAAGCCGCCAUUGCGUCUCAGCGCUUUGAAGGCACGUCUUCCCAGACAGAGAGCAGGACCCCCAGCCAGCCUUCAGAGAACAACGGGCGGCAGUGAGGGCCCUUGAAGCGGCCGUGGACGGGGAAGGAGAAUCCAGAGCGCAUCUUCCACCAGAAACUUGCGAACACAAAAUUAUCUGUCAGGUUGUGUGUGUGUGUGUGUGUGUGUGUGCGUUUCUUUGUCUUUUCUCUUGAGGACCAGCAGCUUACAGGGUGGGGAAGGGGGUUGGUACACAUAGUGGGGAUAGGACUGUUUCUCUCUACAUUCACUAUUUGUGGAUAAGCUACAGGGGCAAAUCAGAUGGAUUUUUUUGAUGUUGUGUUGGAAGAGGACUGUGGGAAAUCUUUUUUUUUUUUUUUUUAAGAGCAUCCCAUUUCCUCUCUCUCGGAAGCCACAUGCUGCAGCAUGUCUGUGCUGCCAGUGAGGUUCAACAAGGCAUCUAGCAAUCACAUGUGAAUAUACCAUGGGUCAGACAUUCCCCAGACUUCUGAUGGCUGAGACGCAUGGACACCACAGGGUGCGUGUUUGUGUGUACAAAGCGGCACACAUUCUUACAUCGUCACCCAAAUGACGCAAGUGACAUAAUUCCUGUCCUUUGCACGAUGGGGUCAUGUGCGUGACAUCAUCAUGGCUUGUACCAGGUGCUGAGAAGUUGGUUUGUUUUUGUUUUGUUUUUCUGAAAGAGGGUAAGCACACUUUGUUCCUAAGGAUUUUAUUUCUUAGGGUUUUAUCCCUUAAGAUGGGUGAAGAGAAGAAUGACCUGCCUUUGGAGUUUCUGUAUGAGUCUCUGUUCCAAAGGCACCUCCUGAGUACUGAGCACCAUGUCCGGCAGACCAGCAUGUCAGAAUAGGAGGAGUUGGAAAUGGCUGAAUCAUACAGGGAGGCAACAGGGAGCCUCCUUGGAACAGCUUUCCUUGCCGUUGAUCCUGACUCACACUUGGCAAGUUUCUGUCUUAAAUCUUUCAGGUUCGUUAGCAGUAUUGGGUGAAAAGAGCUCUGCAUAGCAGCAUGCCCUAGACCAGUGUUGUCCAAACUUGGCCACUUUAAGAUGAAUGGACAACACUGCCCUAGACGGUUCUUUGCAGAGUGGGAGCAAAGAAGGAAAUCCAAACAUUUUUGCUUAAAUUGUGGUGACUGAGGUACGUGCUUCUUGCUUCUGUUAAAGUUGUCUUUUUAAGCCCUGCCAAAUUCUCUUCUUUUCUCCUGACUCCCGAGAAUUCUGUUGCUUCUCUCUCUCGGUGCAUGUGCGCCUAAAGUGUGUGUAUGUUGUGAGAAAAUGGAAGAACCACCUACCCCCACCCCAGAGGAGUCUCUCUGCUACAUCUCUGCCUGAUAGGCUGUUCUGAAUUUGUUUCCUGCUGGGACAGCGUGCCGCCACUUGGAAUAUCCAGUUGCUCUUAUGCAGAAGACCUGCUUUUGGAGGAAGAUAGCCCAAACAGUGGAUCAUGGACACAGUUGUCUUCUGUGAAAAACAGGCCACCAACCACCUAACUUAGCAAGGCUGCCGGACUGGUGAUCGCUCCUUUGGGUACUUUACCACCACCCCCACCUGGCUGGCCCCAAGACAUUUACUUUGCUUUCUGAGAUCAUUCAGGCUAGGAAGAUCUAGGGUCAGUGGCCUGCAGAAGAGAUCCUCCGCUGGUCAGCUAAGGUCAUAAACUUUGGCCGAGUGAAAACACCGCUCGCCUAACAGAAGCAUCCGAGCUUUAAACUUUAGCUGAAGAUGUCCAUGUACAGAGUGUCCUGAGUGUGUCUUAGCACAGUGCAGGCUAAAUUUUCUUGUUUUUUCCUCUUCAAAAUGAAUUAAGGACAGAUGUAGUUGGUCUUGAUUGAUUCUUAUUCCCCCGUCCCAUUUCGUGAUAAAGAUGCACUUUCUGCUCUAGAGGUGGAUUGAAAUCACUGAUGAUGGUUUGCAAAUAUUCUUGAAGCGUGUGAAAUCAACAUACAUUCGCUCCCAUUUCUGUCUCAUUUAGCAGCAUGGUAAAUAUUGUCUUGGUCCAUCUUUGGACUUGAGCACUUUUAGGAUCCCCCCCUUUUUUUUUUCCUGUUCUCUUAAAUCGGGGUGGAUUGUCUAGGGACUGUGUGAAGCUUCAGUUCCCUUUGUUUGCAUCACCAGAGUUCAGCAGCAAAAAGCUGAAAAUAGGUAUGAUUUUUCCACCAGUUUGGGGGAAGAAAAUUGCUGGGUUAAGGCUGCUGACAAGCUGAAUGCAUCUCCGUUGUCUUUUGCUUAAAACAAAAAAGUUUGCCUCUGAAAUGGUUGCCUGAUUCUGCCAUAUAGGAUGGGAAUUAGAAUUGUGAAUGUCUCCUUCCUCUAGAAAGGAAGGGAGAUUAUUAUAUUCCUUGCUAUACUACUAUAAACUGAAUAAAUAACUGAAAGGUAAGUAGCCAAUUGUUUUAAGGAUUCUGGACCAAUCUUAUUCCUGGUCACUUUAGAUUCCAUGAGUUGUCUGCAAAAACAUAGAAAGAUACAACAGUCUCACUUUUCGUUGUACAAUAAACCCAGGCUUCUAGGAUGUAAAGUUUGUGGGUCAUGCCCUGCUCAAAUUUCAGAAGUAGCAGUUUGACAGAGGAAGAUUUCCAGUGGUGCCCUUUCCCUCCUGGCCAGAAAAGAAUCAGUUGUGCAGAAACAUGAGAAAUGCAGAGCUUCCAGGGCUCCGCCAUUUACCUAGUGAGCAAUUUGGGAAAAUAUCUCAAACUGUCCUAACUGGCCUGUUCUAAGUCGAGUAUAGGACACUAUUUUGAACUUGGAACACUUUCUGAAUGAUUGAAACAGCCCAUUUUCAUACUCAAAAUGGCACUGGGGGAGAGAAGGUAUUCAUUGUCAAGAGGGUAGAUCUCAUAGAUAGGCAUUAUUGUUGUAAGCCAGGUUGGUUUAAAGGUGGCUUCUUGAGGAAGAGAGAUCAUGCAUAGACACAAACCAUGUUGUUUAAACCACAGUGUCCAAGUGCAUCUUCCACAAUGAGCCGACAUCAAGCCAACCACAAUAUGACUUUGCACUGUGUGAAUCUGGCCAGGGUGCCUUGUAAAUGGUAGUUAUGGAUUAGCGUUGUGUGUGAAUUGAGCCAUUAUAGCCUAAUUAUAUUAACCAUGGCUAAUAAAUUAUACUAACCAUGGUUAAAAGAUAAAUCUUAAUGAAAGUGAACCUUGGUUAACAUAAACCAUAACUUACUACAGUAGCACACAUCAGAGGCCAAAAGGCCGUGUGGAAUUCCCAAAACCUUGAGUGUCCAGAAUGCUUUCAAAAGUCAUCACUCACUUGGGAUGGUUAAUGUAAAGGAGAGGGAACAUUAUUAAUUAGUUGGGGAACAAUCUUACUAACUGUAUUUAAUUUAAUUUUAUUCUAUUUAAAUUAAAUAUGUAUAUAUUUUUAUUCUGGCCCCACCAGCGUCUUUGUUCUGGCCCCGCCUACUUCUUGCAGGAUGGACCCGUGUCCAGCCCCUGCCAGAGAUUGCACCCUUGCCUUGUUGUAAUGUUUGAGUCCAACCAGGUAGUCACUCAGUUGGGGAGCCAGGAGGUCUUGUGCGCCGAGUCUGUGUAUUUGAGAGAGAGAGACCAUGACAAGCCUUCUCUGAGGAUACUUCCCACCCUUCUAAGAUUUCAUCGAGAAGAAGGGUGAAGACGGAAGAUUUUAUGAAUAGGACCACCACUUUCCCUAGCUUGAAGCAAAAGAGAUCUUUAUGGGAAAUAGCUUCUCCUAAGCUUGUUUAAUCUUGUUGAGUUUCUUCUUCAGCUGCAGCAUCGUGGCCAAGCCAGAACGAUGGCAAAAACUAUCCCGUCAUUUCUCUGAGAACUUUGACACUUGGUGACUAUUCAUCUGUUCUUUCCAGUUCAGAAGAAAAUCAGAGUGUUUGUCAAAAGGAUGCAGAUACCUUAGCUGAUAGUCCAGAAUGCUUUCAGCUCACUUAUUAGGACCCCAGAGACAUCUACUUGCUUGGAAAUGUGGUUUCUUUUUCUUUUCUUUUUUUUAAUGUUUUCCAAAACAGCUAAUGACAACUCUGAAUUAGAAGGUUAUAGUGCAUGAUGAAUCCAUAGUGGACUUUGAAAGAACCGUUCAUACUAUGUACUUGUAUUCUAUAUGACAAUGUGGUUCUGAAAUAUUGUUAUUUUGAAGCUGCUGAGGGAAUAAACUUACUCUUCUUUUACAGUACUUACCUUCUCCAGCGGUAGGAGAGAAAGCUGGAAAGCUUUUGAAAGUGAAAUUCAACUACUAGGUUGGUCUUCUGAGCCAGUGAAAUGGAGAUGUUGAUACAUUCAAUUAUUCCACAGAAAAGCAAAGGAGGGAAAAAACAGGAUGGGGGAGUGGGGGUAGAACCCAGUUUCUUGCGAAAUGUGAAGUGUUCCUCUGAAGAACAUCUUCCUUGUUGCUUCUAAUCACAAAAUUAUUUCAAGGAGUGCUAUUUUUGUGUAUACGAUCCAGGAAGCCAUAGGAACAGAUUAAUGGUCUUUCCAUCCCCCCCCCCCC